ACACACGCCACUCAAUGCACAGCUACGGCAUUGAACAUUAAUCUCUGCCAUUUUGGUGCUCCGAGAAACCGAGCAAGCGUGUGAAUUGAAAUACCAAACAACAAAAGAGCCGUUUUCUGACGUUUUCCUUGUGUGCUUCAAGGUUUUUAUCUGUUGAUUCGUUUGUGAAUGAGAAGUGGUGAAACGACAAUGGAGCAUUUUCGGUUUGGUGCAUAUUCUCGACGAGAGGUGACUCUACGGCAAACCAGUGUGUGUGCGGUCAGUUGUUGUCGUUGUGUUCGAUGUCAAAGUCGCAAUAGGCGUAUGUAGUCGCGGCGCAUAAAUUAAAAUAAUCGAGGAAUAGUUAAUAUUUUGUAAGAUAUUUGCGUUAAUUGGUUAAUGCUUUGUAGACGCGAUGGCGAAAUUGAAAGCGCAUAAUAGCAGCGUCGGCGGCAAAUAUACGAAACUUCAAUAACUCUUUAGUUUAAAUAAUCAAAGACUUGUAAGAAAAAGACGGCGCAAAGUAGGCAUCGGAAUUACGUACGAGAACCUUUAUAGAUACAUACAUACAUAUAAACAAACAUACAUACAUAUGUACACGCAGAAAAUUGAGCGCUGCUAAAUUUAUCAAUUUGCAUUUUCCACUUGCAUUGUACAUGAGCUAUGUACGCAUGAUACAUUACAUACGCAUAAAACGCCUGAAAAUUGACGAUAUCUAAAAAAUUGGCAAAUAAAGCCACCCAUUUAGUCGGCAUACACGGCACUGGGGCAUAAAACGGGCACGCAGCUGAGUGGCUACUAACAACUAAAUACUACAAAUUUCGCAUCCAUAUGUUUGUCAGUAUUUAUUUAUUUACCAACUCCAACCAGCGACUGCGGUGCAUUUUGUGAAGCACGUACCUACCUAUAUUGGUUGUACGUUUAUUUUAAAGUUCAUUGGGAAACAAGCAGGUUGUUGUGCUGUGCACGAAACACGAGUGUGAACGCAAAGUAGAAAAUAAAACAAGAAAAUCCGCAUUGCAAAUACCUGCACUAAUUAUGCCAAAAAUACCGAAUUUCAACAAGCCGAUAUGGCUGCUCCACACUCUGUUCUUCUUAAUUUUGUGCCGCGCUACCCUAACCUUGGCGAAAUCGGACACGUCUACCCAAAGCCAACAACAAAUUGGCAGCAAUUAUGCUCUGAAAGGAAAACUAAUACUUGCACAUGUGCUUUACCGCCACGGUGAUCGAACACCAAUUGAACCGUACCCAACGGAUCCAUGGAAAAAGCGAGAGUACUGGCCAGUCGGUUGGGGCGAGCUGACCAAUGUAAGUAGCUACAGAUGUAAUUUUAGUUUUGAUUUCCCAAUAGUUAGAUAAUAGAUAUUACAUACA